CGGCUUCGGCAUUGUAUUUGGCUUUACCAACCACAAUGGGCCAUGUGACAACUCGGUUCGCAACAUGUGUUAUCUAACCCGCGCACGUUUGUUUCGGAGUGUCGGAAAUCAGCGUUUUCAGGUGACUACAUAAGGGGUGAAUGACAGCCUUGCCGGAUGGGGCAGACGAUAAUCGAAGCUCUGUUGUGAGGAGUUUCUUUACGCGCAGUGUGUGCUUGCUUACAGAUUCAACAUGAGCACUGAAUGCGAACCGGCGCUUGCGGUGGAUUCCGUAUUGAGAAGGUCAGGAGAGCUGCCGGUUAACGAAAAAAUCGAAGUUAAAGGCUAUGAUUUCAACGAUGGCGUCGACUACGCCCGCAUUCUUGAAAGCUACAAGUGCUCAGGCUUUCAGGCGACUCAUUUCGAUCGCGCUGUCAACGAGAUAAACCGCAUGCUGGAAUGCAGAUCUGUGCCUCUCGAGAAGGAUCAGCUUGACGAGCAUGAAAUCGACGAGUUCAUUCGUAGAAAGUACGGCUGCACAAUUUUUCUGGGCUACACCUCCAACAUGGCGUCUGCCGGUGUCAGAGACGUCAUCAGAUUUCUUGUGGAACACAAAAUGGUUGAUUGCAUAGUGACAACUGCGGGCGGUGUUGAAGAGGACCUUAUUAAGUGUCUGGCACCUACUUAUGUUGGAGACUUCGCCUUGAAAGGAAGCUCGCUCCGUGAUUUAGGCAUCAAUCGCAUUGGAAACUUACUGGCUCCAAAUGACAAUUAUUGCCUCUUUGAGAACUGGGUCAUUCCCAUUUUCAACAAGAUGCUUGAGGAGCAGCGCAUGCAUGGGACCAUCUGGUCACCAUCGAAAAUGAUAGAAAUGUUUGGAAAUGAAAUCAAUAACAAGGGGUCUAUUUAUUACUGGGCUGCAAAGAACAAGAUUCCAGUAUUCUGCCCAGCAUUAACAGAUGGCUCCCUUGGUGACAUGAUCUACUUUCAUUCAUACCGAAAUCCAGGUCUGAUUGUAGACAUAGCUCAAGACAUUCGUCGCAUUAAUUCAAUUGCAGUGAAAGCAGUACGAUCUGGUAUGGUGAUUGUAGGUGGUGGACUUGUAAAGCACCACAUCUGCAACUCAAACAUGAUGCGCAACGGUGCAGAUUUUGCAGUAUAUCUGAAUACAGGUGCAGAGUUCGAUGGCAGUGAUUCAGGGGCAACUCCUGAUGAAGCAGUGUCAUGGGGAAAAAUUCGCAAAGAUGCCCGCCCUGUAAAAAUUUAUGCAGAUGCCACACUUGUGUUUCCUCUCUUAGUUGCACGAACAUUUGCCACUUGGCACUUCCAGAACAAGCAACAGGCAAAUGGUGAUAAGGUAGUGUGUUCUGAAGUAUGGCUGAUGUGAACUUCUGACAAUAUACUUCUCAUACUUGUUUGGUUGCAAUUUUAGUGUUUAUGCAGUGCAAGAAAGCUUUGCAAAGGUAAAAAAAAAAUUAUUAUAGAAAAUUUGUGAAGUAAAAAACCUUAGGUGUAUAAUGAAAAACUAUCUCAGGAACGAAAAAAAAAAAAAAAAAAAAAAAAAAAAAAAAAAAAAAAAAACAUGUUAGGUAGGUCCUUAGCGUGUUCAGAAUUAAGUAGGGGUAGUUGCUGGGAACUUGCAUCUUCCAAGAAAUGAGAUGACCGGUGUCUCACGUAAAAAAUUAAAAAAAAUUUGCACUGUGUAUAAGGGAAAACUAUUUCUGUAGCUAUUGUUAACUAGUGCCAUAAGUACAGUUACUGUGAUUGUAAAUGAGCAGGAUCCAAGCGCAAUACACUGCAUGCUUUGCAUAUAAUUGAGCGUAUGCCUGCUUGUAUAAUAUCAGUGACCAUGUUGUAGGGGCCCUGUUCGUGUUACAUCUACUGUUGGCCUUGCACCUUUAUCACCUAAACUGCUUGCCGAUGUGUUGUUGUCAAGCCCUGCGACAGUAAUUCAGUGAAUGAGCAAUGUUAGAAAAGGAACUGGUUAAAAACUGUAGAUAAGAGCCUUGCUUUGUAUGGUCCUUUUAUGUCAGACUGCAUGAACGUGGUAAAUUUUAAAUAAUUUUGUAGGAACAGUUACCUUAUCGGUAAUAGCUAUAUACUUUGUAUGAAAGUUUGUCCACCUGGUAGUGAACAGUCAUGUAAGAACUAGUGCUAUUACUUUACAUUAGAAUUUUACUUGUACUAAAUGUUGAUAUUACAUUAUAGUUUGAGUAGUGUUAAUUGUGCAAAGCCAUUUCUUGUUUUUUUAGUCCAGUUUACUGACUGUCUGUGUGUGGUAUAAUUACUAUUGUUCAUUUUAGGCUCUGGAGUGAUUACCUUAGCUUAUGAGUAGGCAAAUUUAAAGUGUUUUUGCACUUACGCACAAUAAAAUCUGCUAUUUCAGACCUUGCUGAAGUCUGUGCACUACCUUGAAAAUCUUACUGAUAAUUUAUUAUGCCCCAUUUGUGCAUGUGGCAUGACCGCGAAUUUAAUGCAGUAGCAGACUAAUGAAUGCUUGAAAAAAAAAAUGCUAUUGCUGGCAACUUCAUUGCCAUGGCCAAAUGCAUAGGAGUAAAAAAAAAAAAAUAGAAACAGUAUGCAGAAUGAAAAGUAAAAUAAUUGCCCAUAUGCUGCUGAUUUGUUCUGUGCACUGUUUCUACUUACUGCCUACAAACAGUGAAACCGAAGGAUGGAGUUGAGCCCUUUUGUGAAUGCAGAGAAGACCACUUGCAAAAUAGCUCCCAAGCUACAGGGUUAGUUAUCUCUCAUUGCUCGAACACCUGGUGUUUGAGCCCUCUGCUUGAUAGGAAAUUGCUUUUGUUCAUAGGCCAGGUAUGAAUGUGGCAUGAUGCACACUUAUAUGCUGGGAAUUUCAGGAGAAAUGCGCUAUAGUUAUGCGAAGUUCAUCAUGUGUGUUUAAUAAUAAAGAAAGCCUCACUUGGUCUACAUGUAAUGACUAGAUGUGUACCCCCUUUUUUUAAUAUGAAUAUUGUUGUUGACCUGUACUACAGUUUCAUUCAGGCUCACAAUUAGUUACUGCAUCACUAACUUGGGAACUGCAUACAAAAUGCACUUGUCACCAAUGUACGUACUUCAGAAAAGAGCCCUACGAAUAAAAUCCAGAAGUGUGCCACAAAAUAGCACAUUUGUUUUUAGUUCUCUGAAUAUACUUUAUGUAUAUGAAAUUGCUCAAUAUCAACAAAUUACAUUAAAGUGCAGUGUCUCAGACCUCUUUUUCUCGGAACAACUCGGCCUUCACUACACCACCGGUUUCUUCUCCCCAAAACACACACACUAUGGUAGUGAUUCUCUCAAAUACUUCAGUGCUAAAACAUAGAAAGAUUCAAAUAAUAAUGUUACAUAGCACGAUCUUACAGUAAGUUCCAGACACUAGUUCACAAGUGCUGCAGUUUCUUGUUUUGUGUGCGUGGUUUUGUGUUUCUUUGUAAUUGUGUAUUUAUUGUAUAUAUUUUUUAUUUCUUGCUUUUGUAUUAUUUUGAUUAUCUGCAUAAAUACUACUAGGCUGUUCGUGUGCU